UGCCCAACUGGACUCUGCCCCAAAGCGUACACCUCUGCCGACCCAACCUCAGGUCACGCCAGGAUGUCUGACGCCGAAGAGCAGGAAUAUGAGGAGGAGCAGCCUGAAGAAGAGGAGGCUGCUGAGGAGGAGGAAGGUGAGGCCCCGGACUCCGCAGGUCUGGAGCUGGACGCAGGUCUGGGGGGGUGGGGGACAGGCGGGUGGGUGGGGGGCCCGCUGGUCCAGGGGUGCAGGCCGGGCGGGGCGCGGGGCUUUCGGGGUUCUCGGCCUCAGUUCCUUUAACAGCCUCUCCCCUCUCUCCCCUCUCUCCCCCCCUGCAUCCGGGCCUGGCCGCUCCCCUCCCCUGGCUCCCCAAACCCUCGCUUCUCCUCCUGCCCCCUCCCCAGCCCCCGAGGAGCCAGAGCCGGUGGCAGAGCGAGGUAACCGCGGCUGCUUCGCUUCCUGAGACCAAUUGCGGGGUGUCCUCUGGGCCCUGACCUCCACGAGAACUCCCUCCCCGCCCCCAUAACCCGCCCCGGACCCGGUCCUUUAAGCCCCGGAGAGCCCGCGCGCCCUCUGGUGGCCACGAAGGGAAAUAGCCUCGCAGCGGCUUUAACCCGUUCCCUUCCUUCUUAAAGGGACCGACACCCAAGCCUUCUUCCCCAGACUGGAGGAAUACUUAUAGAAGGGUUGGAUGUUUGCGGAGAGGCACCCCUCCUCCCCUCUCAUCUUCGCCUGUUAUUUUUCUCCCCCAUAUACAUUCAAAGGUUGGGGCCUGGGUUGCAGAAGGGGGUAGCAGUGGGGGUCUGGAUUCCUGUGUCCCCAAGGGGGAGGUGGCUGGGGACACAACUCCAGGGUCCCCGAGUGAACAGAGGGCUUGGGGAGGAGGGCAGGAGCUCUGGGUCUGCAGAAGGAGGGUGGGGGGUUUGGAAGCCUGGUUUCCCAGCGAAGCGAGUGGAGGGGGGGAAUCCCCACACCGGUUCUGAAUGUAUAUCUGAUGCGUGUGACCCCUCCCUCCCUUUACGGCCACCCCGAUUUCCCUUCUCCUCUUUUACCCCCGCCAUACCCCUCCCCCAGGGCUGCAGGACAAGGGAACUGGGCCUGGGGACCAAGUCUUGGGGGGGCGAGGAGGGCCCACCUUUGGGUGUGUCGCGUCCUCCCACGCCCACAAACUCUUGCUAAUUGUGUCUUUGUAUCCCCCCCCCCAACAGAAGAGGAGCGCCCCAAGCCAAGCCGUCCCGUGGUGCCUCCACUGAUCCCCCCGAAGAUCCCAGAGGGGGAACGCGUGGACUUCGAUGACAUUCACCGCAAGCGCAUGGAAAAAGAUCUGCUGGAGCUGCAGACGCUCAUUGACGUGCAUUUUGAGCAGCGCAAGAAAGAGGAAGAGGAGCUCGUGGCGCUGAAAGAGCGUAUUGAGCGGCGCCGGGCAGAGAGAGCUGAGCAACAGCGCUUCAGAACCGAGAAGGAGCGGGAGCGUCAGGCUAAACUGGCGGAGGAGAAGAUGAGGAAGGAAGAGGAAGAGGCUAAGAAGCGGGCCGAGGAUGACGCCAAAAAGAAGAAGGUUCUGUCCAACAUGGGGGCCCAUUUUGGGGGUUACCUGGUCAAGGCAGAACAGAAGCGGGGCAAGCGCCAGACAGGGCGUGAGAUGAAACAGCGCAUUCUGUCCGAGCGUAAAAAGCCUCUGAAUAUCGACCACAUGGGAGAGGACCAGCUCCGGGAGAAGGCCCAGGAACUGUCGGAUUGGAUCCACCAGCUGGAGUCGGAGAAGUUUGACCUGAUGGCGAAGCUGAAGCAGCAGAAAUACGAGAUCAACGUGCUGUACAACCGCAUCAGCCACGCCCAGAAGUUCCGGAAGGGGGCCGGGAAAGGCCGCGUCGGAGGCCGCUGGAAGUGAGCAGGUGGGCGCUCGCCCACCCUGAGCACCGAGGAGCCGCCGUUGCAGUGUGUGUCCCACCUGGGGCUUGAAAUAAAUGCUCCACUCCUGGCA